AUGACUCAGGCGAUAUAUGCUAUUACUAGAGCACAAUCGACAAAAAUUAAUACCGAUGUAGACACAAAAAACGUACCGCUCUCUCGGCUUGAUCGCCCAGGAGUAGUGGAACUUAUUAAACGUCCAAAAAAAUUUUGUCUUUUACGAAUAAUUUCAGAGAAAGAAUUUAUGAAAGAAACAAAGAAUCGUACGAUAAAUUUAAAUAAAAAGCGCGUGGUAUACCAAAAAGAAGAAAAUAUUAUGUAUUUACUAAAAAAUUCUCGAUCAUCGUCAGCACUCGAAGCGUCGGUGAGAGAAUUAUUAAUUGCAUGCAAAGAAAAUAAUGUUAAAGAAUUAACAAUUAUAAAAGACGAUAAGCGCGCAGAAAUUCGUGAAAUAUUAUGGAAUUCCAAAGAAUUAAACAAAAACGAUAUAAAACUCACUGUAGUUAAAAAUCUGUUUGAAAUAUACGUCAAAGAGAAACAACAAAUCAUUUUAAACGAUUACCACAUGUUACCCACAGGAGGACAUGCUGGAAUAAAUAGAAUGUUUAAUAAUAUAAAGAAAACAUACUUUUGGUCAGGACUGAGGAAAGAUAUCGAAGCAUUUGUUAAAAAAUGUGACGAUUGUCAAAAAUUCAAACACUCAAAACAUAAUAUCGAGCCAAUGAGUAUCACAACCAAGCUUCCACAUCCUUUCAAAAAAUUCACUUAG